AUGUGUACCCUAAGGAUUUCAGAGAAAUCGGUGCGAGCUCUGCGGGAUGCUUGUGAAGACUACGGCGUCAGUGUGUUUGGCUCUAGCACCUUUGAGCUAAUUGCCGACCCUACCUGUUUAAGGCUUCUGGGUGACGGGACUUACGGCACUUGCUACUUGGUUGUAGUCUCCAACAGCCAGUGGGUCAUCAAGAGCGUCAUAGAUAAAACCAGUUGUGUUCAAAGUCUAGUGACGGAAAUCCAAGCCCUGUCAGCCCUGCAGGGGGUCCCCGAUCUUCAGAAGGUAAUCGGAAUUUGUCCUUGGAGGCUCGCCCUCAUUACCGAGUAUGCCGGGGAGACCUUGGCCAGGUACUUGGAAACCCACAAAUGCACCUUAUCCCAGCGCCUCCAGAUCGUACGACAGGUCAGCCACAUACUGCUAGCGGUGAAGGAGCGAGGAUGGGUGCACACUGAUGUCAAAUCUGACAACAUCUGCAUCCAAAGCACCGCCAUAGGGAUUCGUACCACUCUCAUUGACUUCGGUCUGGCUACAAAGAUCGGAGGAUUCAUCUCCUUCACUCCGGGAACAGUGGCACCUUCCUACAUGGCCCCUGAGGUGGUCAAGAACCGUCCACUGACCUCCCAGGCCGAUGUAUACAGCGUGGGUCGCCUUUUGCAGUUUCUUGUUAAGGGCAACGUACACCAUCUUACCCGUGACGUACAACGAUGGAUGAGUCACGCCACCAACCCCGAUCCUAACCAGCGAUACUCUUUGGAAGUUUUGUCGCGGCUUCUGCAUUGA